AUGGCACUCAACCUGGGAAAGAAGGGAACGACGACCGAUGACGGCAAUGGCGUCAAGAAGGCAGAAGCACAGAAAGGAGGCACAGGUCACAAGCAAAGCGUCGCGGCGACCAAAGAAGCAUUGAAGGACCCUCGCUGGGACGACCUCCAGAGCAGCAUCAGGGAUAUGAAAGCCAAGAAACCGCCACAGAAGAAGGCCGAGGAAAACAACGACAAGAAGAAGAACACGAGUUGGGUCUCCGAGACAGCGUUCUAUGCGUUCAGACCAUGUGACGAGGACGGAUCAGAAGCUGACCCUCCACUCGUUCAACCCUACGCGACGACGGUGAUCGCGAGCCCUGUGCGAGCCAGCGCAUCCAGCUUUGACAUCAAGGGAUUCUGCGAUAUCCACCUCCAAGAUGUUAUCCAUGAUGAAAGAGGAAGGCGCAUCCGCCCCUUGAUACUCAAGAACGUCGCAUACGUCGCAGAUUUUCAUACAAACCUCGUGUCAGAGGCAAAACUCAAGCAGGGAGGAGUCUCGACUUGUGCUGUUGAUGACUCCAUUCGAGUCGGAACGUCGAUUGAAGAUAGUCAGGUGGUUGGAAACUUCAUGAGGAAGGACAGCCUCUGGGUACUCCAAUACAAGCCUGUUGCUCGCUACGUGCUGUUGCCCGAAUCCCGUGCGUUUGUGUUCUCUGCGUUCCAAACAGGAGAUGCCCAACCUCGCCAGAAGGCUCGUAGAAUCUCGAGUGACCCUCGCCCGCCCAGAGCCGACUCUGCAGAGAUCUGA